GCAGAAUCUAGAAUGUGAGAAUCAUGCUUUGAGACUUUUAUUCAAAUCCGUCAAAAUCUCAGCUUUCCCGCUGCUCUCAAUCUCUAAAUCGGAAAAUCCAUUCAAGAAGAAUAGUUUUACGAACCCUAGACUCGAUUCUGAAAGACGGCAACUUUCCAGUUCAGUCUCCUCCAACAUUCCAGCUCUCCCUUCACUGAUCUUGUAGCGUGGUUUCAAUUUUUUAAAUGGAAAUACAGCGAAGAGUUAGUCCAAGGUUUCAAAAUCUACCAAACGGUAGUAACUCGAACAUUGAGAAGAUAUGGAAUGCAACUAAAUCAAGAAAAACAUUAAAUACUAGAGGUAGCCCAAGGUUUCAAAAUCUACUAAAUGUUGGGAACUCAAACAUUGAGAAGAUAAGGAAUGCGACUGACUCAGGAAAGAAAUCAAAUACUAGAGCUAGCCCUAACUCAAAUAUUGUGAUGAUACGGAAUGAAACUGACUCGGCAAAGAUAUCAAAUACUAGAGUUAGCCCGAGGUUCCAAAAUCUACCAAAAUUUGUGAAGAUGCGGGAUGCAACUGACACAAGAAAGAAAUCAAAUACUAGAGUUAGCCCAAGGUUUCAAAAUCUACCUAAUGGUGGUAACUCCAACAAUGAGAAGAAAAGGGAUGCAACUCUCUCAACAAAGACAUCAAAUACUAGAGCUAGCCCAAGGUUCCAAAAUCUACCAAAUAUUGAGAAGAUAUGGGAUGCAAUCGACUCAAGAACAACAUCAAAUACUAGAGUUAGCCCAAGGUUUCAAAAUCUACCUAAUGGUGGUAACUCCAACAAUGAGAAGAAAAGGGAUGCAACUCCCUCAACAAAGACAUCAAAUACUAGAGUUAGCCCAAGGUUCCAAAAUCUACCAAAAUUUGAGAAGAUAUGGGAUGCAACCGACCCAAGAAAGACAUCAAAUACUAGAGUUAGCCCAAGGUUCCAAAAUCUACCUAAUGGUGAUAACUCCAACACUGAGAAAUUAAGGGAUGCAACUCUCUCAAUAAAGACAUCAAAUACUAGAGUUAGCCCAAGGUUCCAAAAUGUACCAAAUGUUGAUAACUCAAACAUUGAGAAGACAUGGGAUCCAACUGACUCAAGAAAGACGUUAAAUACUAGAGUUAGCCCAAGGUUUCAAACUCUACCAAAUGGUGAUAACUCAAACAUUGAGAAGAUACAGAAUGUACCCGAUUCAAGAAAGACACCAAAUACUAGAGUUAGCCCCAGACUCCAAAGUAUUCCUUUGGAGAAGAGACCCUUUUAUGGUAGUAGCCAGAAGAGGAAAACGAUGAAUGAUUCUCAAGAUGAGAUCAUGGUCAAAAAACACAAAGUUGGUAAUACAAAGCUGGAGUGUUUAUCUAAUGGUUAUGUUACAGUUGAAAAUGGUGAAAAAGAUGUUGCUGAUUUACAGGAAACUGGUUCAAAAGGGGGCAACUAUGGUGAUGAUUUGACCUCUAUUCAUGGAAUAAGUACGACUAUGGCAGUGAAAGAUAAACUCAGGCUGUUCAAUAAGUAUUUCCUCCACUUCUCUAAGGCAGAAGACGCAAGAUGCUAUAGAGUGAAUGGUAGUGCUAGUGAUCAUGAAAUUGCGAAUGGUAAAAUUAAGGAUAAAGAAGAAGGAUGUGAAGGCCAUGUUAAGCAGGCUAAGCGAUCUAAGCACAAAGGCUGUGUGACUAAGCGCCCUGAUCUGAAGGCGAUUUCUGAGAUGUUGAACAAAAAUGAAGUUCUGUGUCAUGAGAGAUACUUUGGUGAUCUACCUGGUAUUGAAGUUGGGCAUCGCUUUUAUUCUCGAGCUGAAAUGGUUGCUGUAGGACUUCAUAAACUCUUACUGAAGAGAAUUGAUUACAUUGGAAAACCUUAUGUGAAAUCGGAGUACAAUGGCUAUACCUUUCCUCUUGCUGCUGCAAUUGUGAUGUCUGGCCAAUAUGAAGAUGAUUUUGGUAAUAGGGAAGAAAUUGUUUAUACUGGUGAAGGUGAAAAGGAUAUACCUGGUAAAAAACGGCAAUUCAGAGAUCAAGUUAUGCGUUGUGGUAAUUUGGCUCUUAAAAACAACAAGAAGCAGUCUGUGCCAGUUAGAGUUAUUCGUGGACGUAAAUGUGAUGAUAGUUACAGCAAAAAAGUAUACAUAUAUGAUGGCUUAUACAAGGUUACUGGCUAUUGGGAUGAGAAAGGUGUUUCUGGCUUUAAAGUUUUUAAGUACAGGUUGAAACGACUACGAGGACAAGAUAAUUUGACAAGCCAGAAUCAGGUUCACUUUGUACGAGGAAAAGUUUCUAGAGUUCAACAAGAAUUGCUUGGGCUUGUGUGCAAGGACCUAUCAAAUGGUCAAGAAGAUAAAUGCAUCCCUGUUUUUAAUUUUUAUAAUCCUUCUUUGGCUCCAACAGGCUUUAAAUAUAUCAAUUCCAUUAAAGUUGCCAAAAAUGUGAGCAUCCCACCAGAUGCUCCUGGGUGCAAUUGUAGAGGAAAGUGCACAAAUCCAAGGUCAUGUUCUUGUGCUCAACUUAAUGGUGGUGACUUUCCAUAUGUUUCUCGUGAUGGAGGCAGAUUGUUUGAAGCUAAAGAUGUUGUAUUUGAAUGUGGUCCAAAUUGUGGCUGUGGGCCUGAGUGUGUCAACCGUACAUCUCAGCAGGGACUAAAAUACCAGCUUGAGGUCUAUCGCACUAAAGAAAAAGGAUGGGCAGUUAGAUCUUUGGACUUUAUUCCUUCUGGCGCUCCAGUUUGCGAGUAUGUUGGAAUCCUAAGGAAGAAUGAUGAAUUAGAAGAUAUUUCAGAAAAUGACUACAUAUUUGAGAUUGAUUGCUGGCACACUAUGAAAGGGAUUGGAGGAAGAGAGAGACGCCAAGGUGACGUAUCUCUUCCUAUGUCAAACCUUGUGGAUGAAGUUGAUGAGAGAACUCUAGAAAGUGAACCUGAGCCUGAGUUUUGCAUAGAUGCCAGCUCCUUUGGGAAUGUUGCCAGAUUUAUUAAUCACAGUUGUGAUCCUAACCUCUUUGUUCAGUGCAUUCUAAGCUCUCACCAUGAUGUUAGACUUGCCCGUAUAGUCCUCUUUGCUGCAGAUGAUAUUCCUCGAAUGCAGGAACUUACAUACGACUACAAUUAUGCAAUUGAUAGCGUUAUUGGUCCUGAUGGCAAAACAAAACAACUGCCUUGCUUCUGCGGUACAUCUGAAUGUAGGAAGCGAUUAUAUUAGGUUUUAAGCAACUUAAAAGUUUUGGAAUUCUGGUAAGCGGAGGCCCAUUCCUAUCUCCUCUCUCUCUUGUACUGGAGAAAAGUGUAUUUGAUUUAAUGUUUAUAUAAAAUAUGGGGGUUUUCAAGAAAGUUGAUUUACUUGUUGGACAGUUUUUAAUCUCACCAUUAUGGAUGGGCAUAUGUAUAGAUGAAACAAGAAAUACUGUCAUGUUUCUGCUCCUGGACUGAUUUGAAACGAUGUAUUAUAAUUUUAUGGUUUAAUCU